ACGCUCUCUGUGUAGUCUUUUGUACUUUGCCUCUUCAAUUCGCCCUUUCUCGCACCGCAAAACUGGGCCCCAAUUCUCUCCUUUUGUUUGAACUCCGCAUACGAGGAUCAAGCACACUCUUCGAGAAAGUGAAACAGUGGGAGUAACUUCAAAAUUUCAAUCUCAUAUAGGUUUACAUGAAGUAAUCGGCGUCGGCAGCGGCAGAGGCGGUGGCGGUGGCGGUGCUCAGUUUGAAUUUGGUACGAUGGCUUCAUAUAGGAAUGGGAGGGGGACGGUAAAGGUGGAUCGUGCUCAACCAACUGGUUCAUCGAAUCUCAGAACAUCUUCUUCCUUCAAAUCGAAGAAUUCUAUUGUUCGUCGUAGCAACUCCAGUGCUGGUUUCGAUGAUUCAGUUUCUGGUCGAGUUCGAGUUGCUGUCAGAUUGAGACCUCAAAAUGCUGAGGAGAUGGUGGCAGAUGCUGAUUUUGCUGAUUGUGUGGAAUUGCAACCAGAGUUUAAACGCUUAAAACUUCGAAAGAACAAUUGGGAUUCAGACACUUAUGAGUUUGAUGAAGUGCUAACUGAAUCUGCAUCACAGAAGCGUGUUUAUGAAGUUGUUGCCAAACCUGUAGUGGAGAGUGUUUUAGAUGGUUAUAAUGGGACAGUGAUGGCUUAUGGUCAAACGGGCACAGGGAAGACUUUUACUCUUGGAAGAUUGGGUGAUGAAGACACAUCAGCUCGUGGGAUCAUGGUCCGUGCAAUGGAAGAUAUACUUGCUAACAUAAGCCGGGAUUCUGAUUCUGUCAUGAUCUCAUAUUUGCAGCUUUACAUGGAGACAAUUCAAGACCUCCUAAAUCCAUCAAAUGACAACAUUGCAAUUGUUGAAGAUCCAAAAACUGGUGAUGUUUCAGUUCCAGCUGCAACUCUUGUAGAUAUACGAACUCACCAAGAUUUCAUGGAGUUAUUGCGUCUUGGAGAAGCUCAUCGAGUUGCUGCCAAUACAAAACUCAAUACCGAAUCUUCCCGUAGUCAUGCUAUCCUCAUGGUGCACAUUAAGAGGUCUGUUACGGAUAUGGAAUCUGAGAUCACAAGUGAAAAUGACCAUUCUAUCCACAUGAGCCGUAAUUCUAAGCCACCAGUUAUUCGGAAAGGAAAAUUAGUUGUUGUAGAUCUUGCAGGCUCUGAGCGCGUUCAUAAGUCAGGAAGUGAAGGACACACAUUAGAGGAAGCGAAAUCUAUAAAUCUUUCAUUAAGUGCAUUAGGGAAGUGCAUAAAUGCUCUUGCAGAGAAUAGCCCUCAUGUACCUGUUAGAGAUUCUAAGCUGACGAGGCUUCUUAAAGAUUCAUUUGGAGGCACUGCAAGAACAUCAUUAAUUGUAACUGUUGGCCCAUCGCCACGUCAUCGUGCAGAAACUUCAAGUACUAUAUUGUUUGGACAAAGGGCUAUGAAGGUGGAGAACAUGUUGAAAAUAAAGGAGGAAUUUGAUUACAAAAGUUUGUGUAGAAAGCUUGAGACACAGAUUGAUAAACUCAUUGCAGAAAACGAAAGACAACAGAAAGCAUUUGAGGAUGAGAUUGAAAGGACAGCAAUAGAAGCACAACAACGUAUAUCUGAAGCUGAAAUGAAUUAUACAGAAGCAUUGGAGAGGGAGAAAAUGAAAUGCCAGAUGGACUACAUGGAAUCAAUUAAAAAGCUUGAGGAAAAGUGGAUGCAAAAUCAACCAAAACGUGGAACCAAUGGCUUCAGUAAUGGCAAUCACAGUGCAGAGGGUAAUAAUGAUCAUGCCAAUGAAGAUGUUACAGAAUUAAAGACAAUGCUUCAAAAAGAAAUUUCUUUACGGAAACGGGCUGAAGAAGAGAUUCACAGUCUUCGAAAUUCACAAUUUUGUCCUACAGAGGCAGAUGCAAAUGCUGAUGUUGUAAAGCUUCAAAAUUUAUUGGACGAAGAGACUCGUCAGAAACAGAAACUGGAAGAUGAGGUUUUGAUGUUACAAAGUAGAUUGUCUCAACUCUCUUUUGGUUCUGGUCAGUCUAGAUACUCUCAGAUUGAUGAUCGAGGCAAUGGGGAGACAACAUCAAUAGCCAAUCUUCACGAACAUGUUGGAUUGCAAAAAAUAUUGUCUUUGCUAGAGUCGGAAGAUCCUAAUGUACGCUUGCAUGCAGUGAAGGUGGUGGCAAAUCUAGCAGCUGAAGAUACAAAUCAGGAAAGAAUAGUUGAAGCUGGUGGACUCUCAUCACUUUUGGCACUUCUUAGAAGUAGAAGCUUUGAUGAAACUAUUUGCAGAAUAGCAGCUGGUGCUAUUGCAAAUCUUGCCAUGAAUGAAGCUAAUCAAGAACUUAUAAUGGGUCAAGGUGGGAUUAGUCUAUUGGCAAUGACUGCAGCUGAUGCUGAAGAUCCACAGACUCUACGAAUGGUAGCUGGAGCUAUUGCCAAUCUAUGUGGAAAUGAUAAACUGCAAACUCGGUUGCGAUCUGAAGGUGGAAUUAAGGCUUUGUUGGGGAUGGUUAGGUCAAGACAUCCGGAUGUUCUUUCUCAAGUUGCACGUGGAGUUGCAAAUUUUGCAAAAUGCGAGUCCAGAACUUCUAGCAAAGGGAACAAAAAUAAUCGGUCUAUGUUGAUAGAAGAUGGAGCACUUCCAUGGAUUGUACAAAAUGCCAACAACGAUGCAUCAAUAAUUAGACGCCACAUUGAGCUUGCACUUUGUCAUUUAGCACAACAUGAAGUAAAUGCAAAAGACAUGGUAAGUGGAGGUGCCCUAUGGGAAUUGGUUCGGAUCUCCCGUGAUUGUUCCCGUGAUGACAUACGUGCUCUAGCGCGCCGAACUUUGACUUCCAGUCAAAUCUUCUCUUCCGAACUCCGACGCCUACGUGUCGAGAUCUGAUUCGCCGAUUCUGUGUCUGAGCUCUAGCUUUUCUCCUAAUUAAUGAACUAAAAUUAUAUCAUAUUUUUGUAAUGAUCGUGAAUCAUUCCACUCUGUUGUGGUUGCCUCACGUUCGGUGUUGUUUAUAGGAUAACAAAAACCCGUUUUAUAAACAUAUUGUGAAUUUAGCCAUUUAGUGGAUUUCUGUUGGUAAA